CAAUAACUUACUGUAUGUAAUUAGUGUUUAAACUUAAUUACAUCUAAAUAUUUAAUCAAAAGAACACUGUUGAACAUAUUCUGCAAUCGUGCAUGCCUUGUCAGUUGUUUUUUGUAUUAAGUAGCUGCGAAACAUUUAUCAAGGAUCGUUUUGUAGUGGUUCGCGUGUUUAGUAUGGAGGAGAAGUCUGUUGCUUAUUUCAAUUGAAGCGUUCGCGACGCGCGGCUGUGAUUGGCGCCCGUCUAUUAAAUCAUCAAAAUUCUUAAGGCACCGCAAUCAAUAAACCCAUUUGGUCGUGAGGAUGGUUUCUGUGAUAUUUGUUCAAACAACCGCUCUUUUGUGAUCAACCGCUACAGUGUGAUGUAGGACGAAUCUGAAUUUAAGAAAUUUUCCUACUAACUGCGGUUUUUAACUUCCAAAAUCAUGUUCGUUCGGGGCGCUCUAUUGGUUCAACUUUUGUUCCUAUUAAAUGUAAUAGUCGAACUAGACACAGCUAGACCUUGGGGUAACAAACAAUUGUUUCCUCCACAUUUAAUACCAGAUAAUGCAUUACAUCCUCGAAGGUCGGUGGUGCGAAGGAAAAUAGUUCUUUAUCACAAUUUCUUCCGUACUAAAGUACGGCCCAGUGCCGCUAACAUGCUGCUAAUGACCUGGCACGCCGGAGCAGCGCGACAAGCACAGGAAUACGCAGAAAAAUGCUUGUUCUUAAAACACAAUGACGUCAGAGAAAACCAAGUCCCACAUCUCGGUACUUGCGGCCAGAAUCUGUUCGUAGCCGCACAGAAAACCCCGUGGUUCUUCGCAAUUAAGACAUGGUACCUGGAAUACCAGAAUUUCACCUAUGGCAAUCCUGUUUACAACCUGAAGACCAUCGGGCAUUACACACAGAUGGUGUGGGCCACCAGUCACAAGGUGGGCUGUGGCGUGGCUCACUGCAGAGGUGGACCAUGGGGACAGUUCUAUAAUUACGUGUGCCAUUACUGUCCAGGUGGCAACUACCACAGCAUAACGCAGUACCCUUACAAGAUUGGAGAGCCGUGUGAAGAGUGUCCCAACCACUGCUUAUCAGGAUCCUUAUGCACCAACGCUUGCCACAAGAUGGACUACUACUCCAACUGCCCAGAGCUGGUGUCCCUCACAAAUGAAGUCUGCCAACGAGGCGUUUGCAACGCCACCUGUAACUGUGCUCAAGAUAAAAUACACAGAAACUAUCCUUGGACAUAAAAAACCUCUUUUUAAUUUCCUCAACAUCAUCAAAGACGUGCCUUCAAUGUCAUACAGUGACGCACACAUCCAAAAUUCUUUACUUAGUACAUAAUACGUUUGUGUACAUGUGUGCAUAUUAGUUUUAAUUCACUGCCAGUGUUUUGACACAAGACAAUUAGUUUAAUCGUACAAAUAUUGUUUGUAAAUAAAUAUAUAAAUUAUG